GCGGCGGCAGGCCGCAGCUCUGAAAGGCUCGCUCAAGGCGCCCGACCCCUCUGCCAACAUGCGGCUGGAGAAACAGGUGGAAGGCGUCGUGUCGAUUGUGAAGGGCCAGGAGGAGCGUUUCGAGCGGCUCGAGACUGACAUCACCUCUGCCUAUGAGUCUCAAAGGAAGCAGCUGCAGCAGGCACUUGCAGAGAACAGGCAGCUUGCCAAGGGUCUUGAAGAAGACUCGAUGAGGAGACAGAACAUGAUGGCAGAACUCAUGGAGAAG